AGUGAGACUUUUUGUAUCUGAGCCAUUUUUCUCUGAACUCUGACAGAUAUAGCAGUCAGUCCACAUAAUGCGGGCCCAAGAUGGUCUAGACCAAGAAGGUUAAUUACUGAGACCCACCUGCUGACCCUUACCCAUGUUCUUCUGCUCCAGGGGACCUGUCCUCCUGCGCUCCCCGGGAAACAUGCUCCUCUUCUGGAUGUCUUGUGGAUCACUUCUCCCUCUCCUGGUCCUUUGCUAUAAUGGACAAGAACGCUGCACAAUCCAGGACAACAAACAAUAUCACGUGUCCCCUGUGCUUGAGUCCCUGCGGUGCUACAAUGACUACACCUCCUACGUCCGCUGUAGCUGGGAGGAGAGUCCACACCCGUCCUCACAACCGUUAGCCCUAUACUACUGGGACAGCCUUGAGAACCGUGAGUCCUUGUGUGGUCAGCCAGCACCGGAUCCCAACAACAUCAAGCUCCCUCCCCAGUGUCAGUACAACACUCAUGACUUUGGCAUCAAUACCAACCAUGUCUUCUUCUUCAAUACCUCCUGUCCCCCUGCCCUGCUUUUGUCUAAGAAUGUGAGGGUGCGUGCACCAGUCCACCUAUCACAGCAGCUUGUAGAGAGAGGGGGCCGUUUGCUCAGCUGGGAAAGCCCCUACCCCCCAUCAUCCCUCUUGACCGCUACUCUCAACUACCAGGUCAACUACAGGAGGUCUAACCAGGAUGACUGGACAGCAGUGGAGGUUCAGGACACCCAGCUGAGUGUGAAGGCUGAGGCUCAGGUGCCCGGCUUCCAGUAUGAAGCCAAGGUGAGGGCAAGGGGGAAGACGGGAGUGUGGAGUGAGUGGAGCCCCCUAGUGACCUGGUGGACUGAGGAGGACUCUGUGCCAGGCCCCUCCAAUUCGCAGUGUGUGUUGGAUAAUGAGACUGCAGUGACAUGCAGCUGGGAGGUGAAGAGAGACCUGGCUCAGUUCCUUACCUUCCAUCUGUUCUGCAAACACAACCACGCUGCACCAGCCCAAAAAUGCUGUGAUAACACCAUGGUCAGCGUUCCAUCCAGGGGUCCAAUGCUCAAAUACAGCUGCUCCUUCCAUGUCCAAGACUUAGAGCAGCUAGAGGUGGAGCUCGUACCCACACGCAACAGCAAAACGUUUAAAACGCACAAAAACAUUCGUCCAAACCGUCCACUCAAAGUGCAGAUAGAAGAGAGAGAUGGGAACUGGAUUCUAAAAUGGAAUCCGCCAAAAUCUAAAGUUGAUCUGACUUAUCAGGUGCACUACUGGAGUAAUGAGACUCAGGAGGAUACUACAUUCCUCAAUGUCUCCCAGGGGUCCCGCUCGCUCUCCAUCCUGGGGGUGUCCCUGCGCCCCUCUGACUGCUACCUGGUUAAGGUGAGAGCCCUGGUGGUCCCGGGAAAGGGUGAUACUUUUGACGGACGCCCCUCAGAAUGGACCGACCCAGUGGAGUGGACCACACAACCAGCUUCCUGGUCCAUCACCACCUUCCUCUACGUCUUCAUCAGUAUACUGGUGGCCAUUGUCUUCAUCGCUCUCUAUGUUACCAUACCAGCCUGUCACAGGAGGGUAGUCCUGUGGGAGGUGUCUGUCCCGUCUCCCCUCAAGAGCAAGGUACUGGGAGAGGUCAUUAAGAAGUCUUCUGAUAGGUUGUUAUUCCAUGAGAGUGAGAGAAGUGAGAAGACCUACAUCUGCAGGGUACAGACACAGGAGAGCAGGAAGGAUAACAGCCUCUGCUCCAGCUGCUCUUCAGAUAGUCCAUUGUGGUUGAAACCAGAUGUAAAGGCCAAGGAGGGGUGGAAGAAGUGUGACCCAAACUCUUCCUCCCGCCACUUGCUGUCUGUGGACAGAUCUGGCCCUCCUGCUCUAGACUCAUCCGGCUUCAGCUUCAGUGGCCCUUACAUCUUCUGUGGCGACAGUUCACCGGCGCCGAGUGAGUUUCUGAGUCUGGAGCCUCCCUGUGAGGAGUCCGACAACACUCUCUCUAACUCUGAACCCACCUCUCCGUCCUCCUCGGAGAGGUCUGCCCCAUCCCUCUUGGAGUCGAGUGAGGACUACGUGGCGAUGCCUCAGGCCUGUGGUGGCCUGUCCAGAUCAACAGAGGGAGUGUCGGAUGUUGUUACGAGCGCUGUAGUAGCGGACGACAGUGAGAACACUGGUAACAACAACGGCAACAACGACAUCAUGGCAUGGCCCAAGUCAGAGCUCCUCCCACCCGGACCUAGCUCUAUGUCCACCUGCUCACCACCCAGUGAGAAUGAAGACCCUCCUCCAGCGUACACCCCUCCCACCACCACCACCACCACCCCCCUCACCUUGCCCCCAGUGGGCCCUACCCUACACACCUCUGGGUACUGCUUCCUCCCGGCCCUACAGGCACUUGGGGGCUGGGACCAUGUGCAGUCUUCUGGACCACCUAAAGGGGGCAGUCAAGAGCAGCAGGCCUGUAGGAGGGAGAUGAGGCAGGAGGAGCAGUGCAAGGAGGAUCCCUAUGUCAGACUGUCCCAGCUAGCCACUUAGCUAACUAGCUAACCCCAUCUAAUGCUGGACUACAUGAGGGCCACUAUACAUCACUGUUCUCAAUAUUUGAUCCAUUCUAACACUAACACACCUGUCUCAACUAAUCACAAGAGCUUGGUUAUUAGUUGGACUAGUUCAUUCAGGUGUGUUCGUGUUGGAAUGGACCACAUGUGUAAAACUACUGAUUUGUGUUCACUGAAGACUGGGUUGAGAUUGAGAAACACUUCUAUUUCUGGGAGGGAAAACUGUUGGAGCCUCAUAGAGAAGCCUCCCUUGGUUACUCACAAUGCCCAGCAGAUGGCAGCACUGUACUUACUGUGUAUCUGUUGAACUCAGAGGUGGCCUAUUUAUUUAACUAGGCAAGUCAGUUAAGAAUAAAUUGUCUUUUUCAAUGACAGCCUAGGAACAGUGGGUUAACUGCCUUGUUCAGGGGAAGAACAAUAGAUUUGUACCUCGUCAGCUCGGGGAUUUGAUCUUGCAACCUUUCGGUUACUAGUCCAAUGCUCUAACCACUAGGCUACGCUGUCGCCCCUAUGGAUUCUACUGUAAGGACUAACUACAAACACAGAAGCAUACUGCAGUAAGCCAUUCCUCUCUGGGUGGUAAGGUGACUGAGGGCCAGAUUCCCAGGUUUCCUCCACAUCACAUGGAUGGCACAUGUGUAACAGGGUGGCACUGUUGAGCGGGUGAACGCAGCCUUAUGCCUCUGUCAGUGCCAGUGGCUGUACCUGUCGUUCUACAGCAGGGGUCGGUCCGCGGGCCACAAAGUGCUGUGUUACAGAAUGCGAACGGUGAUGACGGUCGCCUGGUCAAAUGCCAUUCGUCACACGCUUUGUAAACAACUGGUGUAGACUUACAGUGAAAUGCUUAAAUAUGGGCCCUUCCUAACAAUGCAGAGAGAAAAACAUAGAAAAAGAGAAUAACACAAGGAAUAAAUCCACAAUGAGUAAUGAUAACUUGGUUAUAUACACAGGGUACCAGUACUGAGUAGAUGUGUAGGGAUACGAGGUGAUUGAGGUUGAUAUGUACAUAUAGGUAAGGGGUAAAGUGACUAGGCAACAGGAUAGAUAAUAAACAGUAGCAGCAGCGUAUGUGAUGAGUCAAAAUAGUUAGUGCAA